AUGAGCGACCCUGCUGGCGGCGGCGUUGACUUCGCUCUCUAUCGCUACACUCCUUCAAUUCCGGCAGCAGCGAUUUUCGGCGUGGUCUUUAUAGGGCUUUCAAUUUGGCAUCUGAUCCGUUUGAUCAAGCACCGCUCAUAUUUCUUCGUUCCGUUUUUAAUCGGCCUUCUCCUUGAAUGCGCUGGGUACUUUGCUCGCAUCUUCUCUCAUUUUGAUACGAAAGCGCUCGGCCCGUAUAUCGUUCAAACCAUGUUGAUUCUCGUGGCCCCUCCACUUUUCGCCGCUUCGAUCUAUAUGACACUCGGCAGGAUCAUUGUCAAGCUUGAAGCCGAAGAGAUGUCUCUGGUACCAAUCAAGUUUUUGACAAAGGUGUUUGUCGUGGGCGAUGUGAUAUCCUUUCUCCUUCAGUGCGGAGGUGGAGGCUACAUGGCUGCCGGAACUCUGUCUGCAAUGAAUAUUGGCGAAAAUAUAGUCAUUGGUGGCCUAGCUAUACAGCUUCUGUUCUUUGGAUUCUUCGUGAUUGUGUCGGCAGUCUUCCACUGGCGUGUGAAGAAACGAACAGGAUACAGCAACCUGCCCCCCAGAACGAGAUCUCAGAGCGUGAGAACCAAAAUGACCUGGGAAUCUGUCAUGUGGGCUCUCUAUAUCGCCUGUUUGCUUAUUCUUACUUCAACAUCACCUGAGCACCUGUGCACUAUGACCACAAUUCAAGAUAUGUUGGCGGCCGAGCCAUCUAAAAACUCACAGCCAACUCAAUACGUGGAUACGGUGGAAGCAUACAAUAAAUGGGCAGAGGUCUACGACACAGACGGGAAUUUCCUUCAGCGGCUUGACACGAUUGAGAUGCGCUCACUGCUUCCCCACUUCCUCGAUCGCGUGUCCACUCUCCAAGACAAGGUUGAGACCACAGCUGCCAGACCAAGCAUCAUAGACUUGGGUUGUGGCACAGGUCGGAAUACCGUUCAACUACUUAACGCCCUGUCCGCCAGGGAGAAUGAUACCUUCAAUCUCAUUGGGCUCGAUGCAUCACCUGGUAUGCUCGAUGUGGCGCGGACUGCGUUGAAAGAACACGCAACAAAGCAAACAAGCCCCCAGCCCGUUUCACUGGACAUUCUGGAUAUACUGCAGACUGCGUCGUCAUCACAGCUGCCGCCGUCAAUUGGUGCAGGAGCUUCGGGUGUGAUAAGCACGCUUGUGCUAGAGCACAUCCCAUUGGCACAGUUUUUUGCGGUUGCUUCGAUGAUAAUGAGACCUGGCGCGUAUCUCCUGGUGACGAAUAUGCAUGAAGAGAUGGGGAUGCAGAGCCAAGCUGGAUUCACUGAUCCAGAGAGCGGAGUUAAGAUUCGGCCUACAAGUUAUUGCCACGCUAUUCCCGAUGUCUUGAAGGCAGCCCAAGAGGCAGGAUUUUCGGUAGCAAAUAUUGACGAAAACGACGUGACUAGCAACUGCGAAAAAGGGGUGAUCAUUAGAGGCGUUGACGAGGAAUUAAAGCAUGUGCUAGGCGCCCGGGCAGGGAAAUGGGUAGGGGUCAAGGUUUGGUUCGGGAUUUGCUUCAGAAAGGCGAGCGAGUGA